AUGGUUCCUCCUCCUCCUCCUCCUCCUACUGCUACAGCUAGUACUACUCCUAGUCCUCCAGCUAGUCCUACUUCUCCUCCUCCUACUACUACUACUACUCCAGCUAUUCCUACUACAUCUCAUACUCCUCCAGCUGCUACUACAACUACUACUACUACUCCAGCUCCUGCUACUACUCCAGCUGUUACUUCUAUUCCUAUUACUACUAUUUUCUCCUACUGCUACUACUCCAGCUGCUACUACUCCUAUUACUCCAGCUGCUACUACUACUCCUAUUAUUACUUCUCAUACUACUCCUCCUCCUCCUAUUACUACUACUUCUCCUACUACUCCUACUCCUCCAGCUCCUACUCCUCCAGCUGUGAUGACUACUCCUAUUACUCCAGCUGCUACUACUACUCCUAUUACUACUUCUCAUACUACUCCUACUCCUCCUAUUACUACUGCUACUACUCCUAUUACUCCAGCUGCUACACCUAUUACUACUUCUCAUACUACUCCUACUCCUCCUAUUACUACUACUUCUCCUACUACUCCUACUCCUCCAGCUCCUACCACUACUCCUACUAUUCCUACUCCUCCAACUACUGCUACUACUCUAUCUACUACUACUACUCCAACUACUUCUCCUACUCCUCCAGCUCCUCCUCCUACUACUACUACUCCAACUACUACUCCAGCUCCUAUUACUACUCCUACUCCUCCCAUUACUACUACUUCUCCUACUGCUCCUAUUACUACUACUACUACUACUCCAGCUGCUACAACUACUCCUAUUACUCCAGCUGCUAUUACUCCUAUUACUACUUCUCAUACUCCUCCUACUCCUCCUAUUACUACUCCUUCUCCUACUACUCCUACUCCUCCAGCUACCGCUACUACUCCUACUACUACUACUACUACUACUUCAGCUACUACUACUCCUCCAGCUCCUACUUCUCCUACAUCUCUUACUCCUCCAGCUACUACUACUCCUCAUGCUACUACUACUCCUCCAGCUAUUACUAUUACUCCAGUUACUUCUGCUACUACUACUCCAGCUACUACUACUACUCCUACUCCUACUACUCCAGUUACUACUCCUACAGCUACUCCUCUUCCUCCUACUACUCCUACUACUCCUCCAGCUACUACUCCCACUCCUACUCCUGCUACUCCUCCUCCUCCUCCAGCUACUACUCCCACUCCUACUCCCACCCCCACUACUACUACUCCUACUCCUCCAGCUACUACUAUUGCUACUCCCACUCCUACUCCUCCAGUUACUACUACUACUACUCCAGUUACUACUCCUCCAGCUACUACUCCUACUCCUCCAGCUACUCCCACUCCUCCAGCUACUACUACUACUCCAGCUACUCCCACUCCUCCAGCUACUACUACUACUCCACUUACUACUCCUACAGCUACUACUCCUCCAAUUACAACCCCAAUUCCAGGAUGUACUACUACUCCCACUCCUACUACUAUUCUUACUACUCCUACUACUCCCACUCCUACUUCCCCUACUACUCCUACUACUCCCACUUCCCCUACUAG